GCAUUUUGGUUUUAGCCUUUGCUCAUUCUUUACAUCUUUUAUUAAGACCUGUCAGUGAAUAUUCUUAUGAUCAGCCAAGUAAUACUAACGAUGCUAAUAAUCCUUGGAGUCUUGUUCCAACAUAUAAAUUUGUUUCAUCUAAUGGCUCUGUUGGAGAAUCAUCCAUUAUUAAAACUCCUGAUGAUAAUACAAAUUUAUUUACGAUGUUUAGUACUUCCAUUUUAGCAGUAUAUUUUAUGCUAACAGGCGAUUCAAGUGCAAUAUCUUCGUGGGAUGCUAUUAAUCAAACAUAUAAUGAAGAGUCUUUUUUACAUUUAAGAGGAGAGAUAUUAGCUGAAAUUGAACUUUUUUGGAUGCUUCCCCAUCAAAGAAGAAAGAAAACCUGGUUUCCAGAAAUUUUAUAUUACGAGGCUUCAGUUCAUGAACUUAAAAAAUAUGUAAAGAAUCUUCAAGAUGAACAUGAAGAUGAAAUUUUACAAAAUUUACUUCCCAAAAUCAAAGAAAUCGCUGAAUUUAAAGAUAAUGAUGAAAUUUUAAAAAAUUUACUUCCUGAAACCGAAAAAAUCAUUGAAACCAAAAUUUCAAAUUUACUUCCUGAAACCGAAAAAAUCAUUGAAACCAAAAUUUCAAAUUUACUUCCUGAAAUCAAAAAAAAUCAUUGA